AGGUGCUCACGAGCUCCACCGAGACCACACCGCAGGCGUUAACCAUGCCGUCGCUCGCCGACACCUCCGCCGGCUCCCUCCUCGUCUGUUUCGCCAACUUCCUCUCCAUCCUCCUCUUCCUCGCUUCCCCCGCCGCCCACGGGGCUUCCCUCAGGGACCACCGGCUGCGGGGCGGCGAGUCGGACUCCCAGAGGGGGGGGGGCGUCCUCCAGACCCCCGACGUGGACAUGCUCAAAGCCCUGGAGUACAUCCAGGGCCUCCGCCAGAGAACCGGCGCCGUCCCCGAGCGGCACGGCGCCUCCAGCCACACGGACGACGCCGAGAAGCUGCGCGCCAUGCUGAGGCUGGCUUCCAACCCCAUGCAGAGCCAGGAUGAGGAGGAGGAGGAAGAGGAGGAGGAGGAGGUGGGGAGGGAGGACAAGAGUGAGGAGCUGCUGCAGGCCGUGCUCAGCACCCUCCAGCGGACGGAGGAGGCCUCCGACCCGCUGCCUCACAAGAAGCUGCCGCUGAUGUUCGAGGACGAGGAGGAGGACGAGGAGGGGGACGAGGGCGAGGAAGAGGAGGGCGAGCGGGGCCGCCAGAGCCCCUUCAAGCGCACCAACGAGAACGUGGAGGAGAAGUACACGCCGCAGAACCUGGCGACGCUGCAGUCGGUGUUCGACGAGCUGGACAAGCUGACGAGCGUGAAGGCCGUGCACAGGCGGCAGGACGAAGAGGAGGAGGAGGAGGAGGAUGGCGAUGAUGAUGAAGGUGACAUGUUUAAUGUGAGGAACGUGGGAUACGAUGACGGCGAUCUGGCAAACUGGGGUACGCCUCAAGAUCAGGAAGAGGAUGAUGAUGACGAAGAGGAGGAGGAGGACGACAAACACGAGGCCGACAGAGGGCUCGAUUACGUCGGCGACGAAGAGGAGGCCGGCGAGGACGACGAAGAGGACCCCGGCGAAAGCUACCCGGUCAAGAGGUCGAGCGACGCGGACGACGUGGCCAACCUGGUGGACUACUACCUCCUGAGAGUGCUGGAGAAAACGGAAGAGGAGGAGCGGAAGAAGCGAGAGGAGGAGGAAGAGGAGGAGGAGAAGCAGAGGAGAGCGGCUCGGACGCAGUACGCAGACGACAACAUGGACCCCCGGGCCGUCGACCAACUCAUCCAGAUCUCCCAGAAGUACCGGAUCCCGCCCGAGGACCUGGUGGACAUGCUCAGAACCGGAGAGACGAUGAGUCAAGACAUGGCGAGGAAGAGCGGCGGGCUCUCUCGGGUUCUCCCCCCGAAGAAGAAGACGCACAGGAUCCCCGAAGCGAAGUUCUACAGCCGCCAGCAGACCCCCGAGGAGCGGCGGACGGAGGAGAUACUCGCCAUCCUGGGCCUCGGGGCGGAGGACCGAGCUCCCGCCAGGAAGCAGAAGAGCUCGCCGCCGCCGCCGCCGUCGCGGCUUCACGGCGCGGGGCGUUCGUGGGAAUCCGCCGCCGCUCGGCGGCGCCCGGCUCCUCCGACGGACGACUACGAGGACGAGCUGGCGGCGUUCCUGGAGGCUCAGAUGCUGCCGCGGUAUCGCGGGCGGGUCGGCGAGGCGGCGGGCCAGAAGCGUGCGGCGGCGGCAAGAUCUUUCGACCGCGCCGCCCAGGCGUAUUUGGACCGAAUGGACUCGGAUAACAUCCCGGAUGAAAAGAGGCGGUCGGACGGCGAGGAGGAGGAGACGAUGUUUGAUAACGAGGCGGUGAUGAAGAUGCUGAGCUCCCUGAACCCGGAAACAGAAGAAAGCGACGACACAACUGACCACGGAAUAUAAAGAAGACAGAUAUACAUAUCAUAUAUAUAAAUAUAUAUAUAAAUAUAUUUAUAUAUAUAUAUUUAAAUAUAUAUACAUGUCAUAUAUAUAUAUAUUUAGAUAUAUAUAUUUGUAUAUAUAUAUUUAUUUAGAUAUAUAUAUUUGUAUAUAUAUAUAUUUAUAUAUAUAUAUAUAAAUAUAUAUAUAAUGUUUUGAUGGAGGCAGAGGGUGAAAAUAAAGUAUUUUGAGGUAUAAAACAUAAGAUAUUCUGUAGGUUUAAAAAGAAGUUCCUAUUUAUUAGCAGAAAUAUGAGUGUUUAGACAUUCAUGUGAUGCUUUUUUUUAAUGAGUUUGUUGCUCAACAACCAGAACGUGUAACUCACCAGCCUUUCAACACACACACACAGACACACACACAACUCAAAUCAGUGUUGGCUCCCGGAUUCACUCGUGUGUUUUUAUUAAUUUCUUUUGUAAAUGUGGUCAUAUGUGACAUACCUGAGGUUAAUAAAGCAUUGACUUUAUUUUUCCUUA